UACAAUUACAUACUCAUAUAUAAAAGUUGAAUUUUUUAAAAUUGAAAUACAUUAUGUAUAUACGUUCUUAGAUAAUACAUUUAGAUGGUGUACAAGCCAAAGCACCAAAAAUGGCUCAGUAUAAUAACGGAAAUGUUCCGUAUGAAUUACACGUUAAAAAAAAUACUGUGAUAAAUACUUUGGGAAGGUAUGAACUUUCAAAUGUGCAAAACGUGACGGCAGAACCUACAGUUGUGUGACGUUUUAAGUAAUUCCAAAGAACGUAUGAUUAUCGAAGGAUAUAUAAAAACUAAUUUUGCGGAGAUGCGCAAAUUAAAUCAAGUGAUUGGAUGCGGUUCAAUUACAGACGGAAAUUAUAAAAUGGAAGUACGUGUUUCUAAUUUUAAUUAUGACGAUUAUUUAGAUUUAGAAAUAACAAAAGGGGAUAAAAUUCAAAUCAUUGGAUCUAUUUAUAAUGCAGCAGAUUCACCAUAUUUAAUUAUAAACGAUAUUCACGAUAUAAAAAAGUUAGGGGGUCAUUUGCCCUUAUCUUCGUUAUUAAAUGGAACAAAAACUCCAAAAAAAAGGGAAUUGGAAGAAAAAUCAAGUUCAUACGUAAGAAUGAUUUUAAUGAAAAUUUUAUAUUAAAUAGAGAUAAAGAGAAGAGAGUUAUAAACCACCAUUUUAAUUAUUUUAAUUAACUCAAUAAAUAUUUCUGUAACAAAAUUCUUAUCGAUACAAGUUUGUUACCUAUAAAGUUCUACAUUCAUGUUUAAUAUUUAUUUAUGAACAAUGGCUAUGUUGUGAUGCUUAAAUAACAUAUAAAAUAGUAAUUUAAGCAAUUAUCAUCAAAAUUCAAUACAAGUGUAUAAAAUAUCAAAAAUUUCAUAACAUACAUCUAAUCCGUAAUUAUCUUCUCUCUUCCAUUCUCUCUCUUUCUCUUUCUCUCUCUCUCUCUCUCUCUCUCUCUCUAAGA